GUAACAUGUUGCGACCCGCGUGUCCUUCCUGACCAAUUCUUGGGUGGAUUCGGAAUGAAAGUCGGCGAGGUCAGAAACGCUGGCGGACGCGCAAGCGAAGCCCUACGAUCGCUCAUCUGCAUCGAUCAUUUGCUUGGCGUUGGCGCAGUCAUCGUCAUCCACCACACUGACUGCGGACUUACUCACCUCCGGAACGACUUCCUUCACAGUUCCUUGACACAAAAGGCACCUGAAAAUACCGCUGAGAUUGCCAAGAUGGACUUUUUGGAGAUUCUCGAUUUGAAAGCAAGCGUUGUUGAAGAUAUGAAGAUUCUUAAGGACAGUCCCUACCUGAGGAAGGACUUGAAGGUCUACGGAUAUGUCUAUGAUAUCAAGACUGGAAAGCUUCAGGACGUCAAGGAGUAAGAAUGCUUGAAUAUUGGCUCAGAUAUGUUGAAGAGUUGCCUACUCUACAUCUUGAAAAAGGCCAACGUCGGUCUUUAGUAAGAAA